AUGGCCGCGCGGGCGCUCGGUCGCGGGUUCUUCGCCACGGCGUCGCCGACGACGCGCGCGGCGCCGUGGACGACCGCGUCGACGCGCGUCGCGGCGUCCGCGUCGUGGCGUCGCGGUCGCGCCGGCGAUCUCAACCUGGGGGGCGUCGGCGCGACGGCGACGGAGACGCGAUGGCGACGGCGCCGCGGGCGUCGGUCGCGCCAUCGCGGCGCGUCGUUCGCGUCCUCCUCCGCGACGACGACCGACACCGAUCCCAGGCCCGCUCUCCCGCCGCCGACGACGGAGGACGUCCGCGUCGCGACGAUGCGAUGGCUCGACGACGUCGUCAUCGGCGAGAACCUGUGCCCGUUCGCGCGCGCGCCGCGGUCGACCCCGGGCGCGAUCCGCUGCGUCGUCGCGGAGGCGACGACGAUCGACGCGCUGUUCGAGACGUUCAGGGAGGAGGCGACCGCGCUCGCGGGGACGUACACGGCCGCGGACGAGAAGUACGUGGACGAGGAGGAGGAGGAGGAGGAGGCGUCUCCAGGGGCGUCUGAUGCGAAGAGUCUCUCCGAGCCGUCCACGACGCUCGUCGUGACCCCGCGCCUGGACGCGCUCGACGACGACUUCGUGCUGUUCCUCGCCGUCGUCGAGGAAUGCGAGGCCAUCUUAGAGUCCUCGGGUCUGUCGCGCAGGGUCCAGCUCGCUUCGUUUCAUCCGAACUACUACUUCGAAGGCGAAGAACCGGCGGACCCGGGGAGUUACACGAACCGAUCGCCGUACCCCGCGAUUCACUUGCUUCGCACGGUGGACGUGUCGAGGGCGAUCGACGCGCACCCGGACACGGAGGCGAUCCCGGCGGCGAACGUGGAGCGGCUGCGGGAGGUGGGCAGGAAGACGUUGUACGAGACGCUCGCCGCCUUGCGAGCGUUUCGGUCGCGCUGA